GCAGCUGCCUAUAUGGAUUCAUUGAAGACCGUGACACAGAGAUGACAAAACUCUCAUUUUUCUCUCUGCUGGGGGCCCUGCUGCUCUGCUCAGGCAUUUCAGAUAAUCAGACUGGAAUGUCUCAUGAUGACCAUCAGAAUCCUGUGAAGGAGAAAGAGUUCAGUCAACAUGACAACAAAGCAAUGGAUGACAAACAGGCUGCAUUUUGUGUUGUUUGCAAGGCUAUCAUUAGAAAAGUGUUGAAUAGUAUUGGAAAAGCAUUUUCAAAGAAUGAUAUUGAUCAGCAGCUAAACACAGUCUGUAGAAAAAUGAAAAUACCUGGUUGUAGAAAAUUUCUGCAGAAAUAUAAAACCAAACUCAUCAAUGCUCUGGUUUCUGGAGACAAUUAUCGGACCAUCUGUGUCAAAUUAAAAUUGUGCAAACAGAAGUACAUGUAAUCAAUACAGUGAUUUUGCUUUUGGGGGCCUAAAUUUGUGUUUUCAUUUAUUUGUGCAUUAUCAUUUACUACACAUGAUUAGAAUGAUCAUUUUGAAACAUGUCUUAAAGCCCUAGGUUUGCCUCAAACUCAUUUUUAUGACAAUAAA